AUGAACAGUCAGCAGAUCCAAAAACCACAACCAAUAAGGACCAUCAACAACAACAAUAACACAAACAGCUCCACCAAAGGAGGGAGCUCUUUAAAAUUUGUGGUUCCAAACAACCAGAACAACACUUCAACUAUUGAGAACCAGUCCACUAACAACAUUUCUUCUGAAAUACAGGGCUGCAGAAGUGGUGUGAAUGGACAUGGAUGCAGAAUGAACAAUCCACCGUCCUCCCCUUCAUCGUAUGUUUCUUAUGAUACCAAAACACCAUCAUCAUGUACGGUACAUGUAACGUACUUGAAUGCAACCUCUCCUUCAUCACCCAAUAACACAAAUAACACAUGUGUUGCAACUACAACAACAAUACAGAAUACGAAUGCUUCUAAUGGCAGCACCGAAUCAUCAUUUAAAAGAUUCCCAAUUUCUCAAUCUCCCUCCGUUAUUGAUCCUGCAGUCACCAUGCAAGAUCACUAUUUCCAUACGACAAUCAAGACUGAAAAUGCACAAUUUAAGAAUAAGUGUCCUUCUGUUUCCCCUAAUAAUACUACACCUUCCACUACUCCAAAUUCUUAUUCUAAUACCUUUCAAGAUUCUUCUGUAAAUCCCCCAAAUGACAGCAAGCCAAUAGCGACCAGUCAACUAUCACAUCCUUACAAUACCUCAUACCAUAAUAAUAGUAACCAAUCCAGUCUUAACUCUCCAUUUGAAACAACAACCCAUGUUGAGUAUCCGACCAUGCAACAUUUACCAACCUUGUGUUCUAUUAACCCUACACAAACAACACCAAUAUCAAGCAAUUCCCAACAAGCACAAACAACACAGUCCUCUCAUCUUCACGUUAAUCAUCAACAACAAACACAACAAAAACAAAUACCACCCAAUAGUUAUGCAGCACGCCUAUUUUCCAUGAAUAACAAUAAUAUUCAUCAUCAUCAUCAACAUCAUCACUCAACAACAAUUAAUCCGAAUAAUAUUAUUAACAAUAGUCAAAGUUCUCCGAAUAGUAGUAGUGGUGGUGGUCAACUAAUCACUUCAAUGAAUAAUAAUUCAAAUAUAACCAUGAAUAGUCAUCAUCAACAACAACAACCACAAAUAAUGAAGAGUGAUUUGGGAAUGAAUAAUAACACAUGUGGUAAUUCAUCGAAUAAUAAUAGUACGACUGCUUCCAUGUCAUCUUUACCCACUCCCCAACCCAUUCCUAUAAUGAAUAACAACAAGGGAACAACAACAAUUAAUCAUCAACAUGAUAAUUCCAUGUUGCCAAGUCCUAUAAUGAUGACAACCAGUUCCUUUCCUCAGUACAAUUCCAUGCCGAUGAAUGUAGUGGCAAAUAAUUCUACACACCAAAUAAUCACAACAACUGUUAGUGCUACUACAUGUGGAGAACGGCAUGGUGAUAACUCGCCCACAACAUGUGGUCACCAUGUACAAUUAUCAUCAUUAUCCAAUAUUAAUCCAUCCAAUUCCUCCUCUUCACUGUCAUCGAGUAUUUCCAGUGGCCAUGUGAAAAGUAAUACUACACCAAACAAUAUAUUAGAAUCCACCCCUUCCUCACAUCAACAACAACAGCAGCAACAUGAUGGAUACAGUAGCACCACAAGUAGCAGUAGCAUGUCAUUGAAAGCAUGCUCUUCGUCGUCAAUUCAACAACAAAAUGAUGACUUGUCAAUUUCCAGCCAACAACCAGAAAGAAAAAAGAAGCGAGUCAACCCACCUCCACCAAUAAUGAAUAGUACAACCGGUCACCAUCUGCCUCCAUUUAUUCCCAUUCAACCACAUCCUUCUCUCACACCAACCCAUAGAAAUCCUCCAUCUCCAAACAUGCAUUCACAGUACCAACAGUUUGCAAAGAUUGUUCCUUUUGGUGGCAUGUCUCAAAUGCCAAAUGUCGUUGGUCAACCACAACCACCUCCACAUGGCAUGCCAGUUCCUUUCUAUCAUAGCUUCACACCAUUUCCAACACCGAUCACACCAACAGGAAUUCCUCCAAGAAUGUCAAAUAGUAAUAUCAUGAAUGCAACACCAUCUCCAACAACUCCAGUUCCUCUUGCUUCCUCUCCACAAGGAGAUGCAAUUUCCUCAUCGUCCAGUAAUUCAGAUGACAGUUCAAGUAAUACUCCAACCAAUAGCCAACAGCAAAGUGCAUCAGCUUUUCCUACCUCUACUCCUUCUUCACACUACUCGUAUGAGAUUGUCAUUCCAGGAGAUUCAUGCUCCACAAUUAUUAAAUUGAAUGUUGGGUUAACUCUUGAUAAAUUUCAUGAUAUCAGAAUGAAAAAGACAAUAUUUGAAGCUUUCAUUGAAAAUCAGAAAACUGUCAAUGAUGGAAGGUCUGGAAUUUCAAAUGAAACUCAAAAGAUUAGUACUUGGAGGUUGAAACAAGUAGAAAUUAUUAAGAAUAUUUGCUUUUUCAGAUUUAAAUUGUUGGAUGAUGGAAAACCAGAAUCUCCCACUGUUGAAUUGGACAAAAAUGGUUAUGAAAUUAAUGGAAAUGCUUUGGCAAAAGUUUGUGAAAGUGGUCCAAGUAGAUUGGCUUUUUCACUCGAUUCCUAUGGUAAAAGAGUUUCCAAGAGAUUACACAAAGAAAAGCUCGUCACUUGUCCAUUUUUGAUCACGUUGACAAAUGGUACAAAAGAUUUUGUAAAGUGUGUUUGUGUCCAUUUGUGUAUUAAUAAGAGACAAAAGAAAACAGUAAUCACUAGAGCAGAUUUUGACACGUUACUGCGAGAUAAGAGUUAUAUGGUUUCUCUCAUUUCUAUAUACGCAAGUUCAACAAAGAAAAAACCACUUGACGAGGAGUCAUUGUCUUCUGAUGAGGAUGAACAACCACUCAAAAUAUUAAAAAGGGAUCCCUCUGGCAGUGCUCACACAGAGUUGAGACUUAAACAUGGACCUGGCUAUAUGGUUUCAAUUAAUAAUGUUACCUUGAGAUAUCCAUUUGCAGGUGUUGAUCCAGGACCUGUGGAUAAUUGGAGAGUUAGUUUAAAAGGUUCAGAGGGUGAGAUUGAUUGUCAAGUUUUAAGUGUUUCUACAGUUGAGUCCGAGAGCAGUUCAUCAUUCUCUACUGUUUCCAUUUUCUUUGAGCUACCAAUAAUAUCUACUAAGGUGUCAGUUCUGGUAGUCAAGUAUAAGAAUAUUGAACAAUCUUCAAAUGCUGCAUUUUACAUGAUUGACGAUAAAUAAAUAGUGAGAAAAAGACAAUUAAAUUG